AAUUAUCAACAAAAAGCGGUCCCUCUUGCUGCUCACGCUCCCGAGUGUUCACCUUUGCACAUCAUUUGUGCUGAUCUCAUUACCUUUUUUUUUCUUGCUCCUGCUUGAUAGCCGCUUCUCUUAGUCCAACCCUUUCAUUUUUUAACCCCAUAAUCAGCAUCAUCAUCAUCAUCAUCACCCUCAACCAUCAUCACAAGAGACGUGGAGGAAGAAGAGGAGGAGGAGGAAGAGGAGUAGGAGGGGGAGGAGGAAGGGGGACGCAAGGACACACCCGCCCGCGCACCGUCCUCGGCCAGUGCACGUGGCAAGGAUGCAGCAGCAGCAGCAGCAGCAGCAGAAGGAGGAGAAGCAGUCAACAUGAGGUGAUUCCCCAGCAGUACCGCAGUGGAGAUGCACUACAGUGACGAUUACCUGUCUUCAUUUUGUAGAUUAAAAGCAUUUUUUAUUCCAAGACAGGAGAACUGCUUGUCUCCAAACGGCAGUAUCAGCAGCAGAGUCCACUAAGAUGUCUGCAGUCCAGCCCUGAGAAACGCCUGGAGGAUUCUCCGCACCCGGACGCACUACCGCACCCCCCGUGAAAGGUGCAGUCCUCGCCCAGCCGCCAUUUCCCGCCACGAUGACGGUCGCCACGGGCGAUCCGUCCGACGAGGCGGCGGCGCACCCGGGCCAUCCGCUGGACUACGACCCGGAGGCGGACCACGAGUGCUGCGAACGGGUGGUGAUCAACAUCUCCGGACUGCGCUUCGAGACCCAACUCAAGACCCUCUCGCAGUUCCCCGAAACACUUCUGGGGGACCCCAAAAAGAGAAUGCGCUACUUUGACCCGUUGCGUAACGAGUACUUUUUUGACAGGAACAGGCCCAGCUUCGAUGCCAUAUUGUACUACUACCAGUCGGGCGGGCGGCUAAGGAGGCCGGUGAAUGUCACGCUGGACAUAUUCUCCGAGGAGAUCCGCUUCUACGAGCUGGGCGACGAAGCCAUCGAGAUUUUCCGCGAGGACGAGGGCUUCAUCAAGGAGGAGGAGCGCCCUCUCCCCGACAACGAGUUUCAGAGACAAGUGUGGCUUCUGUUUGAGUACCCGGAGAGCUCAGGUCCAGCUCGGAUUAUCGCCAUCAUCUCCGUCAUGGUCAUCCUCAUCUCCAUCGUCAGUUUCUGUCUCGAGACCCUCCCCAUUUUCCGCAACGACGAGGACGACAUGCACAAGUCCCACGCUGAGAUCUUUUCCCCCGAGACCAACACCACAGUCAUCAGGUACACGUCCACCUACUUUACCGACCCCUUCUUCAUCCUGGAGACGCUGUGCAUCAUCUGGUUCUCCUUUGAGUUUCUAGUGCGCUUCUUCGCCUGCCCCAGCAAAGCGGGCUUCUUUGGCAACCUCAUGAACAUCAUUGACAUUGUGGCCAUCAUCCCGUAUUUCAUCACGCUGGGCACAGAGCUGGCAGACAGUCCGGAUGACGGUCAAGCUGGACAGCAGGCCAUGUCUUUAGCAAUCCUCAGGGUGAUCCGACUGGUGCGAGUGUUUCGAAUUUUCAAGCUCUCACGCCACUCCAAGGGGCUCCAGAUCCUGGGCCAGACCCUGAAGGCCAGCAUGAGAGAGCUUGGACUGCUCAUCUUCUUCCUUUUCAUCGGUGUCAUCCUCUUCUCUAGCGCGGUGUACUUCGCAGAGGCCGACGAGCGUCAGUCCCAGUUCGAGAGCAUCCCGGACGCCUUCUGGUGGGCCGUGGUCUCCAUGACCACGGUGGGCUACGGUGACAUGGUACCCACCACCAUCGGGGGCAAGAUCGUGGGCUCCCUGUGUGCCAUCGCUGGCGUGCUGACCAUCGCCUUGCCCGUGCCCGUCAUCGUGUCCAACUUCAACUACUUCUACCACCGCGAGACGGAAGGGGAGGAGCAGGCGCAGUACCUCCAGGUCAACGCGCCCAAGAGCGAGUCGGGCGAGGAGCUGAAAAAGAGUCGCAGCGGAUCGACCAUCAGCAAGUCGGACUACAUGGAGAUCCAGGAGGCAGUCAACAAUAGCAAUGAGGAUUUCCGCCGGGAGAACCUCAAGACGGCCAACUGCACGCUGGCCAACACAAACUACGUCAACAUCACCAAGAUGCUCACAGAUGUGUAGUCUACCGUAGAGAUCACUGGGGGAAACAAGUAAUACAAAGGCAAAAGAAUUCAGGAAUGAGAUGCUUUUCACGCCAGGCUUCACUCCUGCCCUUAGCACUGUCACACAGAGCCAGAUUUGUUUGCAUUUGCAUGGAGUUUCCUGAGUGGAAGAAAAACUGAAAUGUCACACUAAUGCCAACCAAAAAUAACCAAUGAGGGGGGGAAAAAAAGCUUUUUGAAGUUAAGACAACACACUGAAGUCACUUGAUCCCUCACUUCCCAGGGUGCAUUGCUUUGCUUUAGGCACAAAAUACUUAGGCAUCACCAUAGAAAGAAAAAAAACAAAACGUGACCAUAUAGCGGGUCCGUUCCCAGGUUUGUUUCUCACUGCUAGUUUUUGCAAGGAUGAAUGACAGCCGUCGGCGCCACAAACGCUCGUGGUGGGACAUUUUAGUAGUCAGUAUCUGAUGAGUGACUGAGAAUGGCCUUGACGCCUCGCUGUUUUGCUCUUACGCGACGUGUUACUACGAUGCAAGCUCUCUUCAAGAUGCUUGCCCCGCCAUUCACCCAAACUGGUCUUAUACUGCGGAGCUUUGAGGACAACUUGAAUGUUUCUUCUCGGGUUUUGUUUGGUUGGGGUUUUUUUUCCAUGCACAACAUAGAUUCACGUAGCCUGUAGUUAGGGACUGUUAGUCAGUCCAGGGGGUCCAAUGUUUACGACGGUCCGGGCAGAGAAUGUUUCAUGUUAACUACAAACAGCAUGCAAAUAAUUAGUGGCACAAAGAAUCACGAGGCACAAGAAGCCACAUUCGUUGACCGUGGUACUCGCGGUUUUUCAUCGAACUGUUUUACAUUUAUGGCUUAAAACUGUUUCAGUCAUACAAAUAUUGGCUCAAAUUUAGUGGCAGGUUGUGCAUCUGGUGCAUCAAUACGAUACAAAACCGUGAUGACAUCACACAACUGUGCUGCAUACAUUAUUUGGAACUGUUGAGAUUGAAUAUUUAUCAGAUAACAAAAAUACCAUGCGCACCAGAAAUACUGAUUAUUAAAUAACGUGUGGCGAUCACUACAUGUGUUUUGCGAAAGGAUAACAAAAUUGCUGAUGUUAUUAUGGCCCACUUAUUUGGCAAAUUUGAGAUCCGAUAAAGAAACUUUCAUACUACCUUACCGACAGUCGUGUUCCAAAAUCCGUACAAAUUUGGUUUACACCACCACUGUAGGAUUGGAACUCAAACUAGGGACCCUCUGAAGAUGCAUAAUAUAUAUUUGGCGGGUAAAUUCCCCCCUACAGGCCAAACAUAGAAACACUCAAGCUGGGCAUACACUGCGAAAUAAGUGUGUUCUCUUCUGAUUGCAAAAUGACCACAUUUUGAAUUGCGACAUUGUUAGUCCUGGAGCUAUGGUCAAUUCAGGGCUUGUGCUACAACGGUUCGUUUGAGGUGGCCAUAAAGAGCAAGGAACAGGCUUUAAUGUACCUGUGUUGCUUUUGUUUAUGGCAUUCUUCUUCUUGAUAUGUUUGACAGUCAGCAAUAGUUGGAACACACAUUACUGCCACCAGACUGGGCUUAAGUGGAACCAAUGGUUUGCGAAAUUGCGAAAUAUGGAGAUGUUGUUACCCUAUGGGCAACAUUUUGUUUUGUGGACGUGUGUGGAGAUACAUUGGUUUUAAGUAUAUUGACAUCAAUGUAAAACUGUUCAUAGUAAAUUCUCCAUUCGAUCGAUAUAGGAUCUUCAAACAAACAGAGUUUUGAGGAAGCCCAACAUCAAUAAUUAUUCUUGGGACUGAACAAAGUGGAGCUGUUUCAACGUAUUUGGCAAGUUCUACAAAAAAAAAAAAAAAAACCUCAUUGUUGGUCAUGACGCCUGCAAAGCAGAGGCUGAGCUGCACUGUGUUUGUUUGCAAAGUAGAUGUGUGGCUAGAUUGCAAUGCAGUUCCACUUUCUGCAAUUCCUCAAUGAAUUUUGCGUGAACUUUUCCACCCGUUUAGUACGUUAUUGGUCAUCGUAGAGGUGGUGCUCGUGAGUUGCUAUGAAUGACUUGCCAUUUACGAGUCCGUGUCUGUCAUCGCAGUAGCCCACUAUGAUGUUUGCAUGAUGUGCGGGAAUAAGGUUAACUGCAAUAAUCAAAAGUAUGGUGGCCCUCAAAGGUUAAAAAUGGUACACUGUACUACUUCGCGUAGCACUUAAAAUGAUGUUUGACGAACAAAUAUUUCUUAGAUUUUUCUUUAAAAUUCCCAAAUGUCUCAGUGUAUGCCCAGCUUUAUUUAUUUUUUUUUUUUCCACAGAGAAAACACGCACACCCACCACCAAACCCUGACCUUCCACCUAGAAGCCUUCGCCAGGUUGCCGUAAAAAGCACUUUGAGGUCGCGGACGUUAUUGAGCCGUUUAGGACGCUGUGGUUACCAUAGCAACUUUUGAGAAGAAUGGAUCGAAAAGAAUCUUUCCUAGUCUUGCAUGACAUCCUGUUCAUCCGUAGAAGCAUGACUUCAAGCUUCAAGAAGCUCACUGCAGAGAUUUAAAAAAAAAAAAAAAAAAAAACGAUUUAAGAUGUAUUUAUAAAUAUAGACCGAAUGCAAAUACAGCACACUUUCACCAGAGACUUGUGAUGCAGAUUAUUGCCAUAAUGAAGCUAAAAUUUAAGAGUGAGUGCCGAAGACACACACUCCUACACUCCUGCUAGUCGAUAUAUUUAAAACGAGACACGGGUUUCAGUUGGCGUUUGAUUAGCACAAAUGCCUGGAAAGAUUUCAGGAUGGUGUCCAGUUAAGGAUAGCUGCCAUUGCCGCAACACUGCCAAGUCAGGCAGUCCUAACCAUCUGUUCAUCCAUCCGUCCGUCCAUCGAUCCAUCCAUGCUGGGGGUGAUAUUCAGCAUCACUGUAGCAGACCUUGGCUGUCCCUCCUGAGUCCCAGUUUUAACAUUUGUCUGAUGGCUGUCGACUGAUGGGCGAGAUAGUGGGUAGCGGGCAUUGGUCUGUUUGUAGCAUGUGGCAUUUUCAAUGAAUUCUCCACGUCGAGGCGCCCGUGUCUAUUUUUAGGCUUCCGACAUGCUACAGUAACAACACGUGUCACGCCACCGCUGCCGAUGCGCCGCCCGCCCAUCCACCCACGUCCGCUGCUCUCACGCAGCCCCUCAAACGUAGGGAAAAGUCAGCUGAAAUGAGCUACUGACAACUGGAGAGGAAAAAACUUUUUUCUGUUCAUUUCUGCACAGAACUUCAAAAUGACUAAAAUGAGUUAGCCCGCUCUAGUUGUCGGUGGCUCAAAGGAAGAUACCAAUUUUUUGUUUCUUUAGCAAUAUUUCCCUUUGUUAAGCGAUCAAAAAGCACUUCAAAUCUCACUAUGUGUAUGCAAGUGUGAAAAAUAUGUUCUCAUUGGGACUUUUGUGAGGCCGAUGCAGAUUCCAAUAUGGCAACAAAAAAAAAAAAUUCAGAUAACCAAUUAAU